AUGCGCUUGAGACUUAUAGAAUCACUGCAAAACAAGAUUGCAGUCGUAGAAAAAGAAAGGGAAGAUGGUGAGGUGACUGAUGAAGAUGGAUCGGGAACGUCAAGGCCCACUUCACGAUCACGAAAAGAGGGGCCAGUGUCGUCUAGAUUGAGGAAGACUGUGACCCGCAAAUCGGUUCAUUUGGAUAGAAGAGAUGGUCCAAACGACAGGGACAGGAAGAGGUCGUCCGAGAGGAGUUCUAGCCGAAUCGUAGACAAUCACAGGAGGCAUUCCACUCAAAGAAGCUACAUCAGUGAAAAGAAACCUGCAAGAACUUCAACGCGUGGAUCAGUAUCAGGCUCUCACUCCGAUAACCAGGAACGUAAAGACAGGGGUGGUAGUUCAGCAUUGCACUCUAGUUCGUCUUCGUCACACCGUUCAAAAAGACAACGUGAGGAGACACAAGGGAAAACCCCUUUGUCCAGUUCGAAGGCACGUUGUGGUCUGAGCUCUGCCCUCACGCUUCCUUCUUCUCAAAUUAGCCCUAACACCGAUUUUGUACUUUCAACGCUAAAAGAGAAGAAGAAAAGUUCAGUUUCUGAUCGGAUCGUGGAAGCGUCAACUUCUCACGUGGGCAAUGAAAGUCGACCUUUCAAGAGAGUGGUUGAUUCGGGCAACCAUAUUUCUGUCACAGUCAAUGCACACAGAGGUAACACGGCAGACAUCUUUUCACAAACCCGAACUGUUUCCCAAGGAGGACGGCCUACAGAAAACACUGUCACUUCAGGGUUAACGAGCUCUCCACAUUCCUCAAAGUCCACUACUGUUAUGAAUCAUCUCUUAUCGAAUGGUUCCGAUGGUCUUCCCCACAUACCUCUACCACCAACGCCCACUCCGUUUCGACCUCAAGCGCCGCCAACAGUAAAUGACAAGAACUUUGUGUUACUGCCUCCUCCACCAGCUCCUCCCAUUCUGCCGAAGCCUGCGAGUAUGGUUGGAAGCUGUAAUCCCUCUUCCAUUAGGAUUCAAGUUCGUGAAGGAGGUGGACGGGUAGCGCAGCUAUCAACAACCGCUAAGCCGAAUGAUACAGCUCCAUUUUCACAAAGGACGAGGCCCAUAAGUAUCCACAUACCCUCGCAUAUCGGACCGCAGCUUUCAAAUUUGUCAGAGAAAACGGAUAAUUAUGAAGACGUUGGCAUGGAUGUGGAGUCAUCACACUCGAGUUGUGAUUCUGAUACCGGCCACGGAGACAAUGAAGGUAUCGUUUGA